UCACCACUAAACUUCCGGUGCCGGUCUUUUCAGCAAGUGCGUGAAAAAUGGCAAGUCCAGUUACAGCUUUGGGAAGAGUUUUGUGCCGCGCUGGCGGAUUAGCUCACAAUUUUGUUGCACCAGCCUCAAUAGCUAGUACCCCAAACAGAAACUAUGCUACUGGUAAAAGAAUCAAGGUUGAUAACCCAGUUGUUGAACUGGACGGAGAUGAGAUGACCAGGAUCAUCUGGGAGAAAAUCAAGGAAACUUUGAUUCUGCCCUACCUUGAUGUUGACCUAAAGUACUAUGAUUUGGGCUUGCCAUACCGUGACCAGACUGAUGACCAGGUGACCAUUGAUUCAGCUCUUGCCAUUAAGAAGUACAACGUAGGAGUCAAAUGUGCCACCAUUACUCCUGAUGAAGAGCGAGUGGAAGAAUUCAAACUGAAAAAGAUGUGGCUCAGUCCUAAUGGAACCAUCAGAAAUAUUUUGAAUGGCACCGUGUUCCGUGAACCAAUCCUCUGCGAGAAAGUUCCACGUCUUGUACCAGGAUGGACUAGGCCUAUUGUUAUUGGCCGUCACGCCUUUGGAGAUCAGUACAGAGCCCUAGACUUUGUUGCCCCAGGUAAUGGCAAGUUUGAGCUAGUGUUUACACCUGAAGGAGGCAAAGAACAAAGAAUGGAGGUGUUUAACUUCACAAAUGGUGGAGGACCAUUGAUGGGAAUGUACAAUACAGAUGAGAGUAUCCAAGGAUUUGCCCACGCCUGUUUCCAGUAUGCUAUCAUGAAGAAAUGGCCUCUCUACAUGAGCACAAAGAAUACCAUCCUAAAGAGAUAUGACGGCAGAUUUAAAGAUAUCUUCCAAGAAAUCUUUGAAAAAGACUACAAGGGAGAUUUUGACAAGAAUAAGAUCUGGUAUGAGCACAGACUCAUUGAUGAUAUGGUAGCCCAGGCCCUGAAGUCUGAUGGAGGAUUUGUGUGGGCCUGUAAGAACUAUGAUGGGGAUGUACAAUCUGAUAUUGUUGCUCAAGGUUAUGGCUCUCUUGGUUUGAUGACCAGUGUAUUGGUGUGUCCUGACGGAAAGACCAUUGAGUCUGAGGCUGCUCACGGUACAGUAACUCGUCACUACAGAGAACACCAGAAAGGCAACCCUACCAGCACCAACCCUGUAGCUAGUAUCUAUGCAUGGACUAGAGGUCUCGAACAUAGAGGAAAAUUAGACGGAAAUGCUGACCUACAAAGAUUUGCCACAACAUUAGAAAAGGCAUGUGUAUCCACAAUUGAUUCUGGUAAAAUGACAAAAGAUUUGGCAGGAUGUAUAUAUGGCUUAAAGAAUGUAAAACCAGAGCAUUACUUAUACACAAUGGACUUCUUGGAAGCUAUUUCAGAGGAAUUGAAUCGUCAACUAAAACAAUGAGACUGAUAUUUAGGAACUAUUAAUCAAGUUUAGGUCUGAAUAAGGGGCAGCAACUCUUUGUAACUUAACCAGAGUAUUAUCAAUGUGAUUUGUAUUGGAUUUUUGACGAUAAUAUACAUAUUUGUUAACAGGGGAGGGGGAGUUGAAAAAAUGAAAUAUGACUAUUUGUAUUUUAUAAAUUUGUACAUAUUUGUCAGAUGACUCAAAGAGGAUAAUGGAGUAAGAUCUGCAAGAGUUUUUUUACAUAUAUAUAUUUUUUUCUCAGGAAAUUCCAUGAUAAAAUUCUUUUUACCAAAUUUUAUAUUAAAGUUAAAAACCCGAGGUUCAGUGAUUAAUUAAGAGAUUGUUGAAGUAGAUUUUAAUGCUGGCCAUUUAUAUACCUCAUAAAUUAAAUAGUGAAUGUCUUGCAUGUACAAAAUAGUCAAUUUGAACCCAAAAAAAUGUGUAUAUUAUGGACAUAUAUAUUACCUUUGUCUUAUUAAUUGCUAAAUAUUAAAACCAGUGCCAGAAUUACCAAAUAUUGUGCCCUUUUCUAUGUUUUAUACCAAAAUGUAGCUGUUUUGUAAUGAACCUAUUAAAAAAUUACUAAAAAAUUAAUUAAAAAAUAUUAAAUGCAUAUCAAUCAAUCUUAUAAAAACCCUAGUCUUAGAUAAUAGAGUGCCAACAAAAUUGCAAUGCAAUACAUUUUUGAAAUUCAAUUUGUGGUGUAAUGGUGUAAUUAUUCUUUUUACUGUAUUCAAUUUAUAGUGAUAAAAUCCUUUUGUUGCCAUAAAAGCCAAUCAAAAGUGCUACCUUUUUAGUUGUGAUGUCAUAUUAGACUAUAAAAUGUGUUGAUGAUAUUCUUUUUGUUGAAAGUGCCAUUGUUAUAUAUAAUAUAAAGAGCAUCAUAUAAGAUGCCUUGACAAUUUAGUUUAUAAAUGGCUGAAUGUUAAAAUUUGUUUGCAAUGGUAAAAUUGUAUACAAUGUAUACGGUCCAAUUGUUGUCUUUUCGACCGACAGACGAUUGUAAAAUAUAUAGUGUCUUUGACAUGAUGAAUAUUUAUGUCCUUUGAACUUAAAAGGGAACUAUGUCGUUAUUAUUCUAAAUGAUUUUUUUAAUUUGCUUUUGAAUUGUUAUUACAAUUAAUAUUUAAUUCAGAAAACAAUUUACAGAAAAGAGACAAUAGAAUGGCUUUACUUUCAAAGUAAUACAUGUAUAUUUUUGCUAGAGCAACCAAGUUUUACCAUAAAAAAAAAUUUCAGAUGUUCUAUGCAUUAUAUUAUUCAGAGAGUGAAAAUAACUGUGAUAUAGGGUUGUAUAAGAGUUUGUCAAAAUGAACUUUUUGUCAUUUUAUCAUUAUUACAAUUUAACAUGCUGCAUUCCUAAGUUUGCUGAAAAUGGCUGUGUUUAGAAUCAACUUCUAGGAUAACAUGGAUGUGUUUCGUGUGCUGACAAUGGCUUUGUUUUAAAUCUUUCUCUAGCACAAAAUGAAUGUUUUGUUAUUAACAUAUAAGGCAGCUAGAUAUAAAUAGUAGCCUUGCGUUUUUUGUGUAACAAAUUCACCAAGUGUCAUCGACGACUUAGAUACAGAUUUGUUGAUCAACUGUUGUUGUAUUGCUAGAUUUGUCUGAGUGAGUGUGAAAUAAAUCAUGACCAAAUUA